CCCGGCGAGCUCAUUUACGUGCUUCGUGCGGCCCCGCCCGCGGUGGCUAAAGCUACGUGUCCUUGUCCCCCGUGGGCAGCUUCAGCGCGUGCGGCCUCGGAUCUGAUCCCCAGUUUGAAGGGCCUCUCCUAGCCACCGCCUCCUGGAAAACAAGCUAUGAAGACCAAGAACCGACCUCCCCGGCGCAGGACACCCAUGCAGGACCCAGAAGCCACCCCUGGAGAGCAGACUCCCGACAGACCCCAGUCAGGUUCAGGGGGGUCAGAGCUGACAAAGGGUCUUCGAAGUAAGACGGCCCGUGCAGGUGGAGCUCGAGCAGAAGUCAACCGCCGGCGACAGGGGUCCGGGAGCCGCAGGGAGAACAGUGUCCAGAGGCGACUGGAGAGCAAUGAGCGGGAAAGACAACGGAUGCAUAAACUCAACAAUGCCUUCCAAGCACUGCGUGAGGUCAUCCCGCAUGUACGGGCCGACAAGAAACUCUCCAAGAUCGAGACCCUCACACUGGCCAAGAACUACAUCAAGUCACUGACCGCCACCAUACUCACUAUGUCCAGCAGCCGCCUCCCAGGGCUGGAGGGGCCGGGUCCUGCGCCAGGCCCUAAACUCUACGAACACUACCAUCACCAGCAGCAGCAGCAGCAGCAGCAGGUGGCCGGGGCCAUGCUGGGGGCCACCGAGGACCAGCCCCAAGGCCACCUGCAACGGUACUCUACACAGAUCCACAGUUUCAGAGAGGGGAGCUAGCACCCGCUCUGGGCUCCGGGGUAGGUUGACAGUGCUGACCUCGCCUGCUCAUCUUAACUCUGGUCCCUCCCGCCUGGUGAUGACACUGUUGAGGUUGUUCAGGGGAUUUUGUUGUUGACCAGAGACUCUUGUAUGGCCCAGGCUGACCUGGAACUCCUCAUCCUCCUGCCUCCACCUUCUCUAUGGCUGGGAUUACAGGCACACGUCACCACAUGGUGUGGUGCUAGGGACUGAACCAAGGGCUCUGCAUGUUAAAUGAGCACCGAGCUACACCCCGCAGCCCAAGAUUCCAUUUUCCUUGAAAUUCAUCUCAGCCAACAACAUGGUGCAGUUUUCCCUAGCCACCCAGGGGACAACGUCAAAUCAUAUUGAGGUCCAAAUCUCUGAGGAAAGCCUGCCCAGUCCCUGUAGCUCUUUUCACAAAAUAGGCAAGAUGGGAACGUGCUUGCCUUCCUCACAAUUCUUUUUAUUUUUGGUGCAGGGAGAACUUGACUUACAAAUGCCCCUGCUACCGCUGAGCCUAAGACCCAUCCUGUAUUGUGGGGCUACAUGGAGGCUGGGCCCACAGCUCACCAGCGACGAUAGCAAAGCCAAGAUGGCAGCUUGUUCUGCACGAGUCAUCUUGGCAGCCCAGAUAACCUGGGCCCAACUCAACAACUGGGUUAGAAAGGCCUCGUAGGACUUGAAAUGGAUAAGGGGAUUCUCUGUUAUUCCCAAAUGGAGACUUCUGGAAAGUUAAGUGCCCUAGGCUGUGGGGCCUGGGAUCUGCGGCCCUAUGUGGGCACCAGACAGGGUCUUUAUGAAGAGAACCCUUGAGCCCCUGUACAGGGAUAGACUUGCCCUGGGCCUUUUGCAGGCUUCCCACACCUGUACCCCCAGUCUUGAUUCCAGGGGUGCACCGCCAUACUUAGUAGUUUUCGUUCGUCUUGCCUUUGCCCCUGGUGUAUGCCACGUGUUUUUCCACAAGCUCAUGGGACUUAUCUCUUGGUACCUUUGGUGUUUUCUCUGAGGCGGAAGCUGGAGUGACAGGCUUGCCCCUCCUCCAAGCUGGUGAGGAAUAAGGUUUGAGUGGUUGGCAACUAGCUUCCUCAAGCCCAGCUUCCUUCUGUGGGGCGUUCCUGCCCCACUGGAUCUGCCAGGCUUCACUACUUAGCUGUCAGGUGCCUCUCCUUCCUCCGUUGCCUUUCUUCUCAGAACUGUCCUGGGGUUUCUUGGGGUCCGUGCCCCCACUUAUUUUUGGAAUGACAGGAAUCUCACUAUAUGUAGCUCACAUUGGUUCAAAUUAUGCAGCCCAGGCUGGUUUUGAACUUGUGCUUGGCCCAUCCUCCUGCUUCAGCCUCCUGGACACUGUGAACAUAGUUAUAGGGGGAUAGCCCUGGUACCCCAAGAAACAGAUAAUAGCUACACUGGGCCUGGGGGUGCUGAUCUCUCCAUCUCAGUGAGACUUGGGUUUUUGUCUGGUCCUUUCACAGAUCAUAGGUUGGGUAGACUGAAGGCCUUUGUGUCUGUGAUUCAGGGAUGGUUACUGGGAAAGGUCAAUAGUUAGGGAAUUUGCCAAUGUGCCCUGAGACCAGGCACAACUCCAAGUUGGAGAGACAGAGCCCAGAUAUUCCUUGUUGUGGGGGACCUGCCCAGUGGAACACAAAAGACCUCUGCCGACGGGACAGUACUACAAACCCGGUGGCUGGCUUCCAUAUGAGCCAAGGCCAGAGCUCAGCUCAUUUUGCUGGACCUUGCCUGGAAGCACAGGGAGGAAGGGAAAAUGUCCAGCCGAACUUCUGCCCUAAGACCUGGCUACAGCCCAGGGCUGUCCAGGGUCACUGCCUUGCAUGGCCACAGCCUCGUGGCUCUUUGUGCCCCACGAGCUGGUCCUUGCACCACCCCUGCUUCCCAGAGGAUGGCAUUUGGCCUCGCUCUUCAGCUCUUUACUGGUGACAGACAAGUCUGUGAUGCCAGUAAGGCCUGAUGGUCUGUCUCCCUGUCCCAAGUCCAGGCUUGUUCUUUUUUCUUUCUUUCUUUCUUUCUUUCUUUCUUUCUUUCUUUCUUUCUUUCUUUCUUUCUUUUUUCUUUCUUUCUUUUGAGAUAGGUCUCAGUCUAGGUUGACCUUUGACUUGCUAUGUAGUGAAGGAUGAACUUCUCAUCCUCUUGCCUCUUACGUUGGGAUAGACUGCUGGCAUGUACCCCCAUGCCCAGUUUAGGCAGUUCUGGGGAUUGAACCCAAGUGAUCUCCACCCCAGCCUAGUGUCUUCAUUCCUGCUGAGUUGACUCAAGCCCCUGGACGAGAGGGAUAGAGCUUCCCCCAACCAGGUCACCUGGACUGCGGAGCCACCAGAGCUGAUCGGCUUCCCAUCAACACAAGCAGAGAAACAGGAAAUGUGACCUGUCUGGAAAGACCAAGAUGAACAGAACGACCUGCGCCCUGCCUGUCACUGCAGUGAAAACAUUCCUUCAGUGACUUGAACUGGCUUUUUUCCCUAAUGGUUCCUGUAAAGUACUAAUGAAAUUGUCAGCUGCAUCUUGAAAUGAAAAUAUUUUACUGCCACCAUGCUUUGGUCCUAGGCACAGGCACCUGGAGACCUAUGCCUUUUAAUCCAAAUGUGUAAUAAAAAUAUAUCAGUCAUGCCA